AUGAGAUCAGUGAGAGAGAUUGUCGAGGAGCAGGAGAGAUCGGGCAUCCAAAUACACGAGCAGCCUGAAAUUCACUGGCGACAUUUCGAAGCCGCCAUGGAAGACGUAAAGAAGAGCGUCGAUUCAGAUUUGGAAUCUAUCACCAAAAUUCAGGAUUGGGAUAGUAAAUGGGGCGAGGGUGGCAACAAAAAAGCUCUCAAGCCGAAGAUCGGGUUUGCUGCAGCGGCGAAGGUGGCUGUAUAG